AUGCCACGCGGUAGUUUAACAAGUGUAAUCAAAAGUAAAACCAAAAUCAGUCUGCAGCAAAAAGUUAAUAUGGCCAGACAGAUUGCUAGUGCGAUGCGAAAGAUCCAUGACCACCACAUGAUUCAUCGAGAUAUUCGACCAGAUAAUAUUUUGGUUAAUCAACAAUAUACAUGCAAGAUUGGUGAUAUGGGGAUUGCACGCGUUGUUGACCCAUUGAAUCAGCAUACGCGUACCGGUUGUCAAUCUUUCUUGCCACCAGAAUUUUACAGCGGCACAUAUGAUCAAAAACUAGAUAUUUUCAUGUUUGGCCUAACUUUGAAUGAACUCUUUACUGAAAAGCAGCACAAUUUCCGAAUGUUUGCUAAAGAAAAGAUUGUGUUUCAAGAAGAGAGUCCAAUCUUUCAAGAUCUCAUCACUCGAUGUACAGCCAAUGACCCAAAACAUCGACCAGCAGCAAUUGAGAUUGAAAAGACUCUGGAAUUUUAUGCUGAGGGUUUCGAAUGCAUUGUUAUCAAGAACAAUCCUAACUAUGUUCGCUUAUCUAUUGAACAAAAGAAUCAAGUUUACAUCAAAUUUUAUGAAAAAUUCCACAAACCGGCAACAGAAUUCAUUCGAAAACAAUUUCCAGCAGAAUUUCUAGAAGGAUCAACAACUGUCGCUGGUGUAAGAGUUAAACAGGCUGGUGAUAAAGAUGAGGAUGGACCGCAAAUCAUUUGCCAUAUUCAAUAG